UGCGUGACCGCCGCCCACCUGAGGCUAACCGGGUGCACCUCUUGCCUUGGGUUCUGACUGACUGCUCCAACUCCGUACGAGUCUUUGAAGUCCCUCCUCUCCACUCAGCCUUCAUUCGUUUGAUCGGGUCCCCAACUUCCAUUUCCUCGCCCUUAACCCUUUGUCCCUGCUACCGUGUUCCUUCAUCCCGCUCCGCCAAGGGUCCUCGGUUUCUCUCAGCCUCUGGCCCAUGGCGCUUCAGGCGCUGCACAGUUCGGGGGUGGCCUUCCGCAAGAUCCUGUCUCAUUUCCCCGAGGAACUGAGCCUGGCUUUCGCCUACGGCUCCGGGGUAUACCGCCAGGCGGGUCCCAAUUCAGACCAGAAGAAUGCAAUGCUGGAUUUUGUGUUCACAGUAGAUGACCCUGUUGCAUGGCAUUCAGAAAACCUGAAAAAGAAUUGGAGCCACUACUCUUUUCUAAAAGUUUUAGGGCCCAAGGUUAUCACAUCUGUCCAGAAUAACUAUGGUGCUGGAGUUUACUACAAUCCAUUGAUCACAUGUGAUGGUAGGCUUAUCAAAUACGGGGUUAUUAGCACUAGUCUUCUGAUUGAAGAUCUUCUCAACUGGAAUAACUUAUAUGUUGCUGGACGCCUCCAAAAACCGGUGAAAAUUGUUGCAAUGAAUGAAAAUGUCAUCCUUCGGUCAGCCCUUGAUAAAAAUCUGAAGAGCGCUGUGACUGCUGCUUUCCUCAUGCUCCCUGAAAGCUUUUCUGAGGAAGACCUCUUCAUAGAGAUCGCUGGACUCUCCUACUCAGGUGACUUUCGGAUGGUGAUUGGAGAGGAUAAGACAAAAGUGUUGAAUAUUGUACAGCCCAACAUGGCACACUUCCGCGAGCUGUAUAGCAGCAUUCUACAGGAGAAUCCCCAAGUGGUAUAUAAAACCCAGCAAGGCAGACUGGAGGGGAGAGAAUGUCAACUUCAGAGUCUUCCACUUAGUCUUCUGCAUUGUGGCAGCUCCAGAAUUCCAUCUUGGAGUCUGUUUGCUGGGACCACCCCUGGCACCAGUUGAGUAAGGUCAAGAUUGGGCAGAUUUGCUUAAAAAGGCCUCUGAUUCUGUGGUGGUGCUUGGGAGCCAGAGGGCCCCUCAGAGUUGUCCAACAUGGCUCAGAGUCUAGCCUUUGUACUCUGGCAUUGUCCAGUUAUUGGAUAUAAGUAACUUCCUUUGGCAGGAGAUGGUUCUAAGGACUCCAAGAGAGGGGGUCAGCUGACUUUCCCAGUACCUUGGUCCUCCUCAGAUCUGAGUGGUGUGCCACAGCUUCCGCUAUCAUAGGACUCUGUCUGCUUUUUUAAAAUAUGAGUUUUAUUGAUGCAUUUUUCAUGUAACAUAAAAUUGAACCCAGAGGCACUGUACCACUGAACCACACCCACAACCCUUUUUAAAUUUUUUUAUUUUGAGACAGGGUCUCAAUAAGUUGUCCAGGCUGGUCUUGAGCUUGAGGUCUUCCUGCCUCAGCCUCCUGAAUUGCUACAAUUACAGUUGUGCACAAAUUCACUGGUCUUUAUUGUAUUCAGAGAGUUGUGCAGUCAUCACCACAGUAUAAUUUUAGGACAUUUCCAUCACUCUGUACAGAAACCCCAUACCCGUUAGUAAUUCCCAGCUUUCAACUGCCCCAGGCAACCAUUAAUCUACUUUCUGUCUCUAUGGAUUGGCCUACUCUGGAUACUUCAUAUAAAUGGAAUCAUACUUUUAAAAUGUUUUUUGACUUGCACAACUUAACUGCUUUCACUUUCAUGCUUUAAUGAGAAUUUUAAAAUACAAAGAAUAAAUCUACCAAUUUAUUUGAAGAUGUCACCUAAUAUUUUUUCUUUAAACACAUGCUUUCAAAUAAAAAUUUCAGUACAUUCUUUUCCUCAAGAGAAAGCAUUGGCAAACACUAUUUUCUGAUUGUUCAUAUUAUUCAAGCCACUUUGGCAUUUCUAAAAUUCUUAGAAUCUUAUUUAUUUCAUUGCUGAAGCAUAAAUUAAAUAUAAGAUCCUUUUGACUUAUCUUAAUACAUGGCCCCAAAACAAGAAUCUAUAAAUAUCAUUUCUGGAAUAAUCUACAGAAAUAUCAACAUUUUUUGGCAUCUGUAUAGCAAACACUAAGUAAAGAUGGAGCCUGUGAAUUUAUAACCAUCCUAGUGAUAAAUAUGAAGUAUUUAGAUUUAAAAAAAAGAAAACCUCCUCUAUCUUUACUGGAGCCACUAAAUAAUGGCAUUUCCUUCUUCUUUGCAUAGAUUUUUAAACAAUACUAGA